GAAGCUUCAGCCGCAGCAGCACCACCACCAAAAAAAAAAAAUUUAUUUUUUCCUCCUCAAAUCCUCACCUAAGCCUUCAGUGUAUCCAGAUCCACAUCUUUACUCAAGCCGGGAGAGGGGAAAAAGGAAAGGGGGGGGAGGAAAAAACAAAAAACCAACAACUUAGCGAAAACUUCUCAGAGAAUGCUCCAAAACUCAGCAGUACUGCUCAUGCUGGUGCUCGGUGCUUCUGCAGCCCACGAGGCGGAGCACAAUGACUCUGUGAGCCCCAGGAAAGCCCGGGUGGCCGCUCAGAACUCAGCUGAUGUGAUUCGCUGCCUCAACAGUGCUCUGCAGGUUGGCUGUGGGGCUUUUGCCUGCCUGGAAAACUCCACCUGUGAUACAGAUGGAAUGUUCGACAUCUGUAAAUCCUUCUUGUACAGCGCUGCUAAAUUUGACACUCAGGGAAAAGCGUUUGUCAAAGAGAGUUUAAAGUGCAUCGCCAGUGGGGUUUCCACCAAGGUGUUCCUCGCCAUUCGGAGGUGCUCCACUUUCCAGAGGAUGAUUGCUGAGGUGCAGGAGGAAUGCUACCGCAAGCUGAAUGUGUGCAGCAUUGCCAAGAGGAACCCCGAAGCCAUCACUGAAGUCGUUCAGCUCCCCAAUCACUUCUCCAACAGAUACUAUAACAGACUCAUCCGGAGCCUACUGGAAUGUGACGAAGACACGGUCAGCACGAUCAGAGACAGCCUGAUGGAGAAAAUUGGACCCAACAUGGCCAGCCUCUUCCAUAUCCUGCAGACAGACCACUGUGCCCACAUCCACCCCCGAGCUGACUUCAACAGGAGGCGCACCAAUGAGCCACAGAAGCUAAAAGUCCUCCUCAGGAACCUCCGUGGUGAGGGAACCCCUCCUUCCCACACAAAACGCACCUCUCACGAGAGUGCAUAACCAGGGAGAGAUGUUCACAACCUCACCAAACUAGUAUCAUUUUAGAGGUGAGCAGACACCGACUGUAAGUGUACUGUGCCUGGUUUGAUUUUUUUUUUCAUUAGUUCCUAUUUUCUACCCCCACCCCCACCCCUUACAGAAAAUUGCAUGAAACUAGGCUUCCGUAAUCAAUAUUCCAACAUUCUGCAAUGGCAGCAUUCCCACAUACAGAAUACAUGUGAUCUUCCUGCCUCUCCUCUCUAAUCACCUUCCUUUAUACCAUGUCCUUCCCCGGCUGACCUCAAACUACCCUCACAGCCCCCAAAAUUCAUGUAAUUCCCCACCAAGUCAUUGUAAUUUGAAAAUGUGGAGCCCUUUAGAAUGGUUGUCCCAGUAGAGUUAGCUGAUAAGAAACAACUUAAUUUAAAUGCAUGUCUUAAAAGCUCAUAAAGAUGUUAAAUGGAAUUCGUAUUAUGAAUCUGUGCUGGCCAUGGACGAAUAUGAAUGUCAUGCUUGAAUUCUUGAUCUCGAAUGAGCUAGUGUCUUAUGGUCUUGAUCCUCCAACGUCUAGUUUCCUUUCCAGCACAUUUACCAAAUUGCUCAAGCCUGGCUCUUCCACCAGACUUUGAGCCUGCAUCUUCUUGCAUCUAGUAAAAAACAAAAAGCUAACAUCUUUAUGUACUGUAACUGCUCAGAGCUUUAAAAGUAUCUUUAACAAUUGUCUUAAAAACCAGAGAAUCUUAAGGUCUAACUGUGGAAUAUAAAUAGCUGAAAACUAAUGUACUGUACAUAAAUUCCAGAGGACUCUGCUUAAACAAAGCAGUAUAUAAUAACUUUAUUGCAUAUAGAUUUAGUUUUGUAACUUAGCUUUAUUUUUCUUUUUCUGGGAAUGGAAUAACUAUCUCACUUCCAGAUAUCCACAUAAAUGCUCCUUGUGGCCUUUUUUAUAACUAAGGGGGUAAAAGUAGUUUUACUCAACAUCGAAACUGAAGAUGGGCCUGUAUGAGAUAGGAAAAACCAACAGGUUUAUCUGAUGGACCUCAGGUCAGGUGUUAAUCUCCCAGCCCACCUCAACCCAAAGGCUACUCUUGACUUAGAUCUAUCCUGAAAUACUUUGUCACCUCCAACUGGGAAUUAUAAGGCACCCCCCACCCCCCAAAAAAGCAUCCCUUUGGACUUGGGCCACUUAAGGUGUGAUAAGGCCUAAACUUUGAGAAGUGACAAUUCUUAUCUUUCCACCUUUUAUGGGCACCCUGUAUUCUGGAGAAAUGGUGGCAGGGUGGGGAGCUUCCCAAUGAGUCAAUCAGGAAUGAGUCAAUCAGCCUUUGGGUCUUUAGUUCAGGGGACUUGGAGCUGAGGGGGUAUAAAGAAGCCUGGGCUGUCCAGCCUUAAUAGACUCCUCUGACAUUUUUGUCCUGUAGUACUCUGCCUGCCAAAGUCGUCCUGGCAGCUGGGCCAUCUCGGUAGGGUUGCGAAAACCAGAAAGAGGGAAAAUAAACUACAAUAAAAGAGCUGGUGGUUUGAUCAUUUCUGCCGUGAUGUUUACAAGAUGGCAACCGCCAAAGCCAAAAGAGUCACCUAUCUAUGAACAACAGUCGUUUCUCAGGGUCAUUGUCCUUGAACCCAACGGUCCCUUAGGAGUGUCACUACCCACCGAAGGUCAAUGUUGAGAGAUGAAGAGGGCGGAGGGGUAGGACUGUAUGGGCCACUCCAAACUUGCUUAGGUAGAAACUCUUGGUGCUUGACUCUCACUAGGCUAAACUCAAGAUUUGACCAAAUCUAGUGAUAGAUAGGGAUCCUGGUGGGAGGAGGGAGGGUAUAUCUCCAUUUAAAAGAAAAUUUUUUUAAAAAGCAAUACAACUUUACCACAAAGCCUUUAAAACCAGAAACGUGCUGCUCAAGGACCAAGAACAAGUUCAGCAGAGCCAGAGCAGCAGCAGCAGCAGCAGCACGGGCGUGGCUGCCUUUGUUCCACACACACAGCCUCUAAGCGUGCGGGCAUCAGAUUGUUAAGGACAUUUUUAUACUCAGAACUGUCCCACCCCCAGGUCCCCUGCCUUAGCCUCUUGGAAAUCAGGUAGACCAUAUUGUAAGUUGACUCCCCCACUCCUCAACCCCACCCGCCACUCCCAGGCAAGGCUGACUUCUCUGAACCAGAAAAGCUAUUAAAGUUUUGUGUGUUGUGUCCUUUUCGCAAACCCACUAAGCCAGGACCCCACUGCAACAACGAGUUCCCGAGUGUCCCUAACACAAGUCCCUCAGACCUCCGUCCAUCGGAUUCUCUUUGCUCCUCGGACUUCUUCAAACUGUGGUUCCCUUCCCAUCUCUUUACUUCCCACAAGGAUAUUUAUAUAUGUAUCUGUAAUACAUAUAUCUACACACAUGGAAAGAAGCAGUUCUCACAAUGUUGCUAGGUUUUUGCUUCUCUUUCCCCCACCCCACACCCUCCAAUCUCCCCCUCGAACUCGCCAAGCUUCCCCUGGUGUUUUCUGCGCAGAGCGAUUCGGGGCUGACCUAGAGCAGUUUGUUUGCAUGAUUCUUCUAUUGAGAUUUGGUUGCACUUUAGAUAUGUUUGUGCCAUUAUAUUUGCAUUGUGUAUUUAUAAUUUAAACGAUAUUUAGGUUUUGUUUUUGGUUUUUUGUUUUGGUUUUUUGGCUGAGUACUGGAAUAAACAGUGAGCAUAUCUGGUAUAUGUCAUUAUUUAUUGUUAAAUUACAUUUUUAAGCUCCAUGUGCAUAUAAAGGUUAUGAAACAUAUCAUGGUAAUGACAGAUGCAAGUUAUUUUAUUUGCUUAUUUUUAUAAUUAAAGAUGCCAUAGCACAAUAUGAAGCCUUUGGUGAAUUCCUUCUGAGACAAAAAAAAAUUAAUAAAUAAUAAAGUGUUAAGUUUUAUCUGUU